AUGACAGUGACCGAAGUCGUUAAGCGGAUAGAGCUGGCUGAAGAAUUUGAGUUUGAUGAAGCAGCCCUUUCCUCCAUCGAAGCAGUUGCUCUAGCAAGUGACGAGGAGUUUGUGCAGGUGACUAAAGCUCUUUUCAAUAACUACUGGGGUCUUCCAAAGUUCCAAAAGCAGGAGAAAUGGGGGGAGUUUGUUCUUAGCACAAUUGAGAAAAGAGAGGACAGAUGCACGUUCUAUGCACAUCUGAUGGAGCGGCUGAGGGAGAACUGGGCAAAGCUAGACAUUCGCCUAAAGGAAAAGUUUGUUGUGCUUCUCAGAAAGCUCAUAAAAAAAAGAAUAGAGCACUCCGGCGCACAGAUAGAGACAUUUAUUGCAAAGGGGCCAGAUGCAGAGUUUGAUUGGCCCGUUAUGCAGGCAGUUAUUGAGAGCAAAGAGUCCUUAUCUGAGCAGGAAACAGAGUACUUGCUGGCAUAUCUCAUCAAGCAUGCAGACACAUACUUCACAAACUUCUUCAUCAAGCACGUUGCUCCCAUACUUAAGAGAGACGGAGUGUCGCAGGAAAUUGCAGACAGAGCAUACUCCGAGGGAAGCACCAGAAGGCUGUCUCCAAAGAUGAAAGAGCUUCUCUACUCAGUACAUGCAUGCGCCCGAGAUUAG